AAAUCUACAGUUAGUUUUUUGAUGGAGAUUAUUUACUGUGCUGAGAUUAUCAAACAAAAUAUUAUUAACUACCAAAGUUUAUGUGUUUAAAAAAAUUUAAUUGAAUUAUUAUUUUGUUAAUAAGUAUUAAGGAAAUAAGGUAUUAUGGUUUUAGAUGGAUUGAGAGGCGGUGGAAGCGGUGGAAGAUUUCCAUCAACAUUUUCGGUUAUUAUACUUUUUAUAGUCUGUUUUAUUGUAACAUGUAAUUGGUGGAGCUUGUCAACUGAGAAUAUUGAAUUAAUUAGUCAAGUUGAUCAAUUACAAGAAAAACUUAAAACUAGUAUUGAAGAACGUGACAAGUAUCAAAGUAUUGAUGAUAAUCUCAAAGAGCGCUUAAACGAUGCUGAAAAUAAAGUAGCGAUGAUGCAUGUCCGUUUGCAGAAUCAAAAUGAGUUGAAGAAACAAAGCGAUGAAUUGAGUGUUUCACUUUCCAUGUGCAAAAGUGAACUUGAUUCGUUGAAUAAACUGGAUGUCACCAAAACGGCAACGUUAGAAGCACUGAGACUUGAAAAAGAUCGGAUUUCUACGCAAAUUUUAUUAAAGAAACAAGAGAUUAUUAAUCUCAUGGCUGAUGUCAAUCAAACUAAUACUGAAUUGGACAAAUUAAAGAAAACUUGCAACAGCAACAAAAAAAAUAAUGAAAAUAUAAAAGACUUAUUACCAAAUAAUGGUGAUGUUUCAAAUGAAUUGGAAGAAAACUCACUAUUAAAUAAUGAAGAGAACACCAAUAAAAAAUUAACAAAUGAAAAUACAACACUCAAAGCGGUAAAUAAAAUGACUGAGUUACCAGAUAUUGUCUACAAUUUAAUAAAAAAUAAAACUAAAAAAAAUGAUAAAAUUAAAUAAGUAAAUUAAUAAAUUUUUAUACUCGGAAAGUAUUUUGAUUAAAUAGUUAUUUAUUGCACACCACAAUUAAAUUUACAUUUUUCGUCUCAAUAUUUUUUGUUAAUCUUUAAUAUAUUUAUUGUGUAAAAUAAAUAUCUAUAAAAUUACAUCAUUAUUCAACUAAUACAUACUUCAAAUAUGUAUAUUUUUUUCUACAUGUAAUAUUAUUAAUAAUGGUUAGUGGCCAUUUAAAAUAUUAUUGUUUAUCCUACAACACGCAAUAUUGUCUCUAUCGAUGAUUUAUUAAGAUAAACUAUUUAUAAAAAAAAAUUAACAUUAAAAAUAUAAAAUAAUAAACAAUUAUCAAACAAAUUAUUUUAUAAUAAAACGAUUAAAAACUAUCUAGGUAUACAGUCAAAGUGUGUAAAGUAAAUCACAAGCUUAGGAAAUGAAUAUCAUUUGAGAUAAGUAAAAUAAAAUUAAAUGCUUUUUUA